GGCAAAUGGAUAACAAGUCGUCAUGCAGACUCAAAGCCAAAGGAAUAUCGACGGUUUGCGGCGGCCUGUUGCUUCAUAUCUCGAUGGGUGCCCUUUUCUUCACGUUUGGUAAGUUAUUAGAUGAAUUAAUAUAAACAGCUGCUAUCUAUUAAUAUACCUUUGUCAUACCAAAAUGUUGGUGUUUACGCCACAAGCAGGAGUUAGAUACCGAAAACAGAGGAUCUUAAGCACUUUCCAGAUAUAAACGCGAGUAGCCGUAAACCCGAGGGAUUUAUCUGGCUAAGAGUCGACGUUUGAGAUAUCUAACUGUACUUACUUCUUGUUGAAUAUAGUAGAAUAAAAAUAAUACUGAAUGCUAGGAAAAUGAAAAAUAAUGCAUGAUUUAAUUCUCUUGUCAUGUGGGUUUGAAUUGUCUUGUUAGGUUGAAUUUAUAUAUAUAUAUAUAUAUAUAUAUAUAUAUAUAUAUAUAUAUAUAUAUAUAUAUAUAUAUAUAUAUAUAUAUAUAUAGUUUUUCGUUUUACCUCACAAAACCACAACAGUCUGUUUCAUCCGAUAUAGGAAACAGUCUGUUGUGGUUUUAUAUAUAUAUAUAUGCCUCACAAAACCACAACAGUCUGUUUCAUCCGAUAUAGGAAACAGUCUGUUGUGGUUUUUUGAGGUAAAACGAAAAACUAUAUUACGCUCUAUCUAUAUGCAUGGUAUUGAGCACUGUUUGUGUUUCGUAAAUAUAUAUAUAUAUAUAUAUAUAUAUAUAUAUAUAUAUAUAUAUAUAUAUAUAUAUAUAUAUAUAUAUAUAUAUAUAUAUAUAUAUAUAUAUAUAUAUUAAUACUAGUUACUUUCAUCCUGCUCAUCAGCACUACACUGCAUGAUGAGGCCCAAAAGGCCGAAACGGUACCGUCUGUGCUUAGUUCUUAAUCCCGCGGCGCACACUAGAGCUUUCUGCUUAAGCUACGUUUACACACAACGAUUAAUCGGGCCGAUUUCAGGUUUUGCCGAAUAUUAACGACGAAUGUUGUGAGUUGACGAUGUCGUAAGAUAAAUUUGCGUGGGUACCUCACCACCUCGGAUCCCCCAUCAAUUGGACAAUAGCUAAUUGUUCCAUGGGAAACCGCUCACCAAUGAGUGAGAAACUCAAUAAAUAUACAGAUAAACAAUAAGUCAAAGUGCACGGGGUCAUGUAAACAGCGCCAGGAUCAACCGAGGAUGUCAAGGAUGAGAGUGCAUGGGAGUUGGCACGAGAACUUGACUAGCUGUUCUUCAUGCUUUCCCAACAGGCAACAUAUUAUCAUGUAUUCUAUUCGUCGUCGAAAUAUAAUUCGCUUCAUUUCUUUUGAAUUGUGAGCAUCCGAAUAAAUCAGUUCUACCUGACUGCUCACAAUUCAAAAGAAAUUUACGGCGAAAACUUUCGACAGCGAAAUCAUUUUUGCAAGUGGAAAUCUAACUUAAUGCUCAAACAAUGAAUUCCAGAUGAGUUCAAAGAGAGCAUGUAUGACGGCAACACGACGACGACGGCCAAAACAAAUUCCUUCAAAUAAAUGAUAGUAAAGAAAACUUGUCGUAUAUUAUAAUUCGUAUAUGAAUUUAAUACAGUAUAAGAAGUUGAAAACAUUGGCUUUAUGUUUUAUGUUCUACUGAACCGAAUUUUAAGUUGCACUUGUUACGGCUUGAAAUGCAGGCGUUGUAUAAAAGACGUGAAAAUCUGUAGUCGUGUUAACACUACAAGCCUUGGCCUGGCCUUGGCCUAUACAUUUUGACAGUGUAAACAGACUUUGGCCUUGCCUUGGCCUGACCUAGGCCAGGAAAUCUGGGCUCACUACAACCGGUGGCCUAGCUAGGCCUGGCCUAUAGGCCUAAGCUUGUGGAAAUGUAACUCACUUUCAGGGCCCUGGCCUGGACCUUAUUUUCACGGUAACGUGUGUCAACAGUGAGAGAUUAGCGGACAACCAGCGGACAACGUCACAACACAUAAAAAUUCAGAAAAUUAAUAACAAAAUUCUAGGCCAAAGUGAGCCAGUCUCAAAAAAAUAGUGUAAUGGUGUAAAGGCUAGGCCAAGGCUUGUAGUGUAAAAACGACUUGUGAUUUGCCGUUGUGGAAAUUCUCACAAAAUGUCUUUUAAACGGGGGGGGGGGGGUUCAAUGCCGUCAAAACAUUACACAAAUCAAAACAAUCGUACAUUUACUCACCCUUGGCCAAACAUUCUGUUAUUUUAAUUCGAGAAAAAACGUGAAUACCUUCUACUUCGCCUAUCGGUAUUCGCCCCAAAUCAAUCUGAGUAAAACAUUCCUUGUAUUCAAGCGCUUUCAUGUAGAAAGUUUCGUUUGAAUACGGCUACACACGCAAAUUAAAAAUCUCACAUCUGGUAGCAAGUUUGUCAACAAGCCGUCAACAAGUUGUCUUCGCACUGCUUGUCACAAAUUGUCAACACGUUUGGAACAAGCUGUUAACAAGUUGUAACAACCUUGUUGUUAUUAUCAGGCUUGUUACAAGGUUGUUCCAACAAGUCCGAUACAGUCAUGAUAUAACAAUAUUGUUACAACCUUGUGUCGUCAACCUUGUAAUAUUCUUGUUAUAUCAUGACUGUAUCAGACUUGUUAGAACAACCUUGUGACAAGUCUGAUAAUCCUAACGUAUUUUGUCUAAAUUUGUAAUUGUUUUAUAUCUUUAAUUACUUUUUAACCUGAAGAUGGAGUUAUACUCCGAAACGUAGUUAUUAAAAUAAUCUUUUUGUACUAAGCCUAUAUGAUCUAAUUAUUCAAACACAGAAUUACUAAAAUGCGGCUUAGAGAAAGUUCCGUCAUACAAGAUUUGAAGAAACUUGUGGGUUGUAACAACUUGUGCGUUUUUGCGUGUGUGCACUGCAGCUAAAAACGCACCAGUUGUUACAUAUCUGGAAACAAGUUGUUACAAAUCUGUUCACAAGCCGUCAACAAAUUGUGUUCGCACUGUUUGUUCCCAGUUGCUGUAACAAGUUUGGAACAAGUUAUGAACAACUUGUAACAAGCUUGAUAGCAUUAUCAGAUUUGUUGGAAGGUCGUUCUAACAAGUGCGAUACAGUCAUGACAUAACAAGAAUGUUACGAGGUUGACGACACAAGGUUGUAACAAUAUUGUAUAUCAUGACCGUAUUGGACUUGUUGGAACAAUCUUGCCAUGUCUGAUAUAAUAUCAACAAGGUUGUUACAAGUUGUUAACAGUUUGUUCCAAACUUGUAUACUUGUUGAUAACUUGGGACCAAGCAGUGUGAACAAAACUUGCUAGCGGCUUGUUGGUACACUUGCUACAAGAUGCGAGAUUUUUGCGUAUGUUUGCAGAUUUGUAUAUAACAACUCGUUAGCAGACCUGUAACAACUUGUGCGUUUUUGCGCCUGUAAAGAGAAGCAAUAGCCGAAACGCACUCUCCAGGAAGUACUUUGACUUGUACUUGCAAUUGCGAGUGAAAUAACUUUAAGAACAGCUACAGAGCAAUUUUUGAUAGAAAAUUUGUGACUCAAUGAGAUCAAUUUUGGGCUAUGAUAAGUCAGUCCUAUGCCUUUUUCUCGGCAAAAUGUACUAUACAGUGCACCACCUCGUUAAUAGGGACCUCAAGCAUGGACGACGGCAACGCGACGACGACAGCCAAAACAAAUUUCUUGGCAAAUAAAUUAUUGCUAAGAAGAGUUGUUGUGUAUUAUCCACUGCAUGUAUAUAUGAAUUAAAAGAUUAAAAGAAUGAAAAGAUUAAAACAAAGGCUUUAUAGUUAAAAACGCUUCUGCUGAGCAAAUUUGUAAUUUCACUUGUCGCGUCUUGAUAUGUUUGCGUUGCACAACGAGACGUGAAAUCUCUGUUUUACCGUUGUAAAAAGCACUAAUACAACGUUUCUAACUCCCGUAGGGCUUUUUGUUAUUCAUUUCUUUUGUACGAGAUCAGGAAUAUCAUUGUGCGAAUAGCCGUCGUCGUCGAGUUGCCGCCCUGUUUGCUUAAGGUUCCUAAUACGACCACACCGAUAAUACGACCACUUUUCAUUUCCCCGAACAACACCUAAGUAUUUUUCUCAUCCGAAGACCCCCUUAAUACGACCACCUCGCUAAUACGACCAACGACCACCUUUUGAUGUCCCCAGUUCUUUAAUUAAUACGACCACUCAAUAUACCAAACAAUACCCCGUUGGCUGGUUAUGACAAGCGCAAUUUAAUAUAUCAUAGUCAAACAAUUGAACAGUAAAUUUAAUUACAUGCGGCUAAAAGUGUAAGCUUGACAAUGCGGUGUAAACUUGACAAAGCGUUUUUCAAAGAUAUCAAAGAAGAUUUACGGGAUAGAUGUUAAGAAACAUCUGUGCCGUAAUUUGAUCCAACUCCCGUUAAUACGACCACCUCAUUAAUACGACCAAAAUAUAAUGGCCGAACGGUGGUCGUAUUAACGGGGUUUCACUGUAGUUCUAAAGAGGGCAGCCAUCGCAUAGAUGAACAAUCUUCUCUGGGAUUUCCCUUCAAUUUCACAGUGGGACUGGGAUUUAAUCCAAAAGAAGGGCUUCGAAAUGGGAUUUAGACAAUCUCGUUCCCCGAGCCUGCGAUCCUCGGGAAGGAACGUGAGGCUCUGGGAUAAUCCGUUGCCGGAAGCCAUGAGGAAUCCUGGCUAAGACCGAACUGCGCAUUCGAUAUCAACGGCCAAUCAGAUUCCUCCCUGAAACGGAUUAUCCUCACGUUCCUUUCCGAGGAGCCUCACGUUCCUUCCCGAGGAUCGCAGACUCGGUGAACGAGAUUGGGAUUUAGAGAAAAGAAAGGCUUGGAAAUGGAAUCCAGACUCCAGCCCGCCCGCCAUCUUAGCUCUCAAUUUUGGGCCGCAAUUUUUGAUCGUGGAUGCAUUGCUUGUGUUUGAUAAUGGAUGACUUGCGCUUUAGAUUAUAUAGAUAUAUUUUCCGUAUUUUACAACAUUUUGCAAUCAAACUUUGUAAUAUUACUAAUUCCAAGACGCUCUUUCUAGCUGUGCUGAUAGAUUUCGUUGUUCUUACAUAGAUUAAAAUUUAGUCUAAAGCGCAAGUCGUCAAUUCUAUGUCACUCUUUUCAGGCAACGUUAGUCCAUACUUCACGUCAUAUUUACGCUAUCGUACAUCCGAAACAACAUUGCAGCAUUCUGACAGUAUGUGGGUCAUAAGUUGCCAUGAAAUUGCCGUUCAUCUCACCCUCGUGUGCAGCGGAGUGAUUGAAUUAAAACUGGGGGCUAGAAUGACUAGUCUACUUGGUGGACUGGUGAACAGGUAUGCUUUCUGAUCACUGACCUAACUCGCACACGUAAACUAUAGAUAACUCGCACACGCAAAAAAUCUCACAGCUUGGCCACAAGAUGUGUUCGCAACAAGCUUGUAACAUGCUUGUCAACAAGUUGUGACAAUGUUGUUAUUUUAUUAAGUUGCUACAAGUUUGUCACUCGCAACUUGUUGAAAAAUUGUUCAAUUCAGAACGAUAACAAGUUGUUGGAACAACUUGCAACAAGCCUGUCGAGCUCAAAAACCUGGUAACAAGUUGUGAACAAGUCGUUGAUAACCUGCCAACAAGCUGGGAACAAACAGUGCAAACACAUGCUAAUGACAAGUUGGUGGAACAGCAUUGUUACAAGUCUGCUGCUGGUUUAUUACAAUUUGUGCGUUUUUACGUGUGUAGUUUACAGAAGCAUCAAGCAUAGAAUAGAACAAAUUAGGUAGCUAAGCUUUAGACUAUUAUCUACAUGAGUGAAUAAUCCUAUCUAACCCUUUGUUCUAUUCUAUAAUAUAUAAUUCUGUAAACUAGAACAAUCGAAACAACAAGGACAACUAAAAAAUAACCCCAAAAAUAGUGGUCGCUCUGACUGUAGUUUCUAUUCUGUUUAUUUAGUUUGGGUCUGCUAUUGACAUACUUCACAGUGCAACAUUCCCUAGUGGCAGUUUCUCUUACUUAUGGCAUAAUGUUUGGUGCAGGGGCUGGUAUUGCAUAUUCAGCUUCCGUUCGUCAAGCAAUGGAGGCAAGAACUACAAAAAUUACACUAUUUUGUCGUCCUCUUCGUUGUUGUUGUUGUUGUUGUUGUUGUUGUUGUUGUUGUUGUUGUUGUUGUUGUUGCUGUUGCUGUUGCUGUUGCUGUUGCUGUUGCUGUUGCUGUUGCUGUUACUGCGAUUCUGCUGUUGCUGUUUUGCUCUGUAUGUCGCUGUCUGUGUUUGUGUUUGUUGUUGUCGUCGUUGCGCUGCUGUUGUCGUUGUUGUUGUUCUGUUACUGCAUGCUGCUGUUGCUGUUUUGCUCUGUAUGUCGCUGUCUGUGUUUGUGUUUGUUGUUGUCGUCGUUGCGCUGCUGUUGUCGUUGUUGUUGUUGUUGUUGUUUUUGUUGUUGUUUUUAUUGUCGUCGUCGUGGUUGUUGCUUUUGUCGUUGUUGUUGCUUGCAAGUAUUGUUGUUUGUCUGUGCUGUUUUAAGUGUUGUUGUUUGUUUCUUGUUUUUCACCUUAACUGCAAAUUGCUCUUCCUUUCCAACUGGUGAAUUGAGUUUAGAAAUUGAAAUCUCAACUAUAUUAUAUUAUUCAGUGGUACCCAGAGAACACUGCUUUUGUUUGUGGACUUGUCGUCGCUGGUAUUGGUGUAUCAGCGAUAACAUUCAAUGAAAUAGAGAUUAUGUACACAAAUCCCAACAAUCUGGGACCCAAUGUUACUGCAGGCCCGAAUAAUGACAAGUAAGAUAGAUACUGACUUUUUGUAUAACUAUUAAACAAUAACGAAACUAAUUUUAUUUUGGGCCGUUGGCUAGUUAUUGCGAGUCUGGGCGAUUUUAUGCGAUUUAAGAUAACUUCAGUGAAUUUUUUAGGCGACUUAAGGCGAGUGAAUAUCCCAGAGUUGGUCUUUGGCUUGACAUCUGGCCAUAUCUUUUCUGAACUGUUCUCCCAAGGAUUCCAGUAUAAGGAACCGAUCUCUUGCCGAUUGAGUGUUACUGCAUUAGGAAACCGAUGUGUCGUAAAAAUAGGAGUCACGAUCUUUAAUUUUUCAACGGCCAAUUUAUAUAAUAGUUUAUAAUAAUACUUGUAAACCACAUAUAAAUCAUGAGUAUUCUCUAGUUAUAAUCACUCCGCGUAUUUUCAGUUCUAAAAUGUCGUAUUUCGGCUGAUGAGAAAGAUCGUGACUCAAUCUUUACGACCGUUACGACCAUAUGGAAAUCAGGCUCGGUAAUAUAGACAAACAGCAAAGGUUUUCUCAUAUGCAAAUGAAGCGAAAGUUUAAAUUAGACAACACCGUCGCAUAAAGGUAAAGUGGACAAGCGUUUCAGCCACAAGUCAAUUGCCUGAUUGGAAAGAGAAGCCAAAGAUGGCGGAUUUUAGAUAUUUGCUUCAUCCCUUUCGCAGUUUAUUGUAAUGGUUAAUUUCGUACGAACUUCAAAUGUCCUUGAAAGUCCUUGAAUUUAUAAAGCGUGCUUUAGUAUUCUGAUGUUUUCUGAAACUUCACAUGUAUGAUUUAAAAAGUGGACACUUUGUUGAAUUGACUUUGUUCAAGCUUUCGACUGUCAGUCUACAGUCUUCAGCGGAUAAUCUACCCGAUGUAGACUGACAGUCGAAAGCUUGUAAAAAAUAAAUGUUAUAACCAGAGAACGUCUAUAGUUUUCAAUAUGAAUAAUCCUUUAGCUUGUUUCGCAUCAAACAUAUUUAAAUAUUACAAAGCUGUUUAAUUGAAAUUCAUUAAACAGUUCAUUGGACAGUUAAUGUCACUUUUUUACUGCGGAUUCUAUCACUCUCUUUUCAGCUCUUUACUCAUUGAAUUUUCUCAUACAUGGUCUUGAAAGUCCUUGCAAAAUGCAAAGUCCUAGAAUUUCACUCUUCCUCUUUUUUUAAUAUCGAUUUUCACGUGCAUGUAUUUAACUAAGAAAUAAUCAUACUCCAGUAAAUUUCAAUCUCAAAUCACGACUAGUUGAAUUUAUGUUGUCUAGAUACUUUGGUCAAGACGAGAUAUUAGACCGAGUGCCUAGUUUGUUUAUCGUUGUUGGUGUUGUAUGCGCUGUGAUGACUGUCAUUGGAGUAUUACUGUUGUUUGACCCACCGAAACAAGACCAUGUGAGUUACCGCAUAAUCAUAGAGAAUAAUACUUUUGAGCCGAAAGUAGUGCAUUUUUCCAUGCGCGUAUAAUAACUAAACUGAUACUGAUCAAAAUUUGCUAAUUUCACAGGGCUAUAUUUUUCGUAUUUUACAACAUUUCGCAACCAAACUUUGCAAUUUUACUAAUUUAAGCAUGUUCUUUUAAACCGGCUGUAAUGAUAGAUUUCGUCGUCCUUGUCCGGAUCACAAUUUAGUCUGUAGCUGCAUGGAAUCAUCCAUCGCAAUACUAUGAAUUCAAUGAUGUUGUUACAAAAGCAUGAAUUAAGAUUUCACAAUGUUGGUGCGAAAACUAGAAACUCUUCUAAAAUGUCACCAACACCACAGUAGAUUUGUCGUGGUCACAUGCACCAAUAUAACCGCAACUGGCUUCAUUUACGCAACUGGCUUCAUUUGGCAAAUAAGAGUCGAAAUGUUCAAAACUUAUUAAUCUAUAUUUUAAAGACGAUGGGAGAAAAGACAUUUUUUCAACAAUUAACAAAUACAGAUGACGAAAUAGAAGAUGCUUUGCUACCUAAAGAUAGGUAGGAAAUAUAUUACAUGGUUGUACUAUAAAAUAGAUGGUUGUUUGGUACCAGUUUAUUCAAUAACAUCAUUAAUAAUUCAUAUAAGCUUAUUGGCAAAUCAUGUCAACCAUAAUAUGUCACGUGCAGUGGCUUUAAACCUGAUAAAACACUCUUUUUGGAAUACAAAUAAAUAUAAAGAAUACUAAUAAGGCAGUAUCUAUUGUAUAGUUGUGUCCUCAUUAGUAUUCUUUAUAUAAAGAAUACCGCUAAUAAGACAGUUUAUCUAUUGAAUUUGUAGUCGUGUUUGAAGCCGUUUAAUAAACUCACAGGACGUGUUUUAUUAGGUCUAAAGCCAUGCACUCGCGCCGCUCGUGGCUUUAAACCUAAUAAAACACUCCUGCUCGUUUAUUAAACAGUACAUAAUACGGUAUAUGUAUUAAAUUAACAUGUUAACAAAUUAACAUAUAAACUCAGACCGUACACAAAUUAACAUAAACUCAGAAAAAAAUAACACAAUGCACAUAUAUGACUUCUGUUCAGUUUCCAGACUAUCAUAUCUUCAUAGACUAAAUUUGUAGCUAAUGUUAAUUGUUUCUUCCGACUUUGAAACAGCUGACAGUAUUCAUCUUCGUUUGCAUUCCAGAGCGGAACUUCACGACGAUGUUCAUCCAUUGGAAAUGAUAAAGACAAAAAAUUUUUGGCUUUUAUGGUUUAUUGCACUUGUCAACGGUGAAGUUAUAAUGUUUCUCCAAUCAUUAUACAAGGUAAUAUAUUUAAGAAAUAGAAAACGAGUAUAUAUAUAUAUAUAUAUAUAUAUAUAUAUAUAUAUAUAUAUAUAUAUAUAUAUAUAUAUAUAUAUAUAUAUAUAUAUAUAUAUAUAUAUAAUUAUUUAUAUAUAUAUAAUUAUUUAUAUAUAUAUAAUUAUAUACCACUGAUUUGUAUUGAGUGUUGAAAAGUUAUGAGGGGAGCACACAAAUAAAUAUCUAUCUGUCCAUUAUACCUGUAGGCAUACGGAGAGACGUUCAUACCGGACGACCGAUUCUUGGCUUUAGUUGGUUCAAUCAGCAUGGUAUUCGCUAGUGUGGGGCGAAUAUUGUGGGGAAUUAUUGCAGAUAGGCUUCCUAUAAGGGUAAGAGCAGCACAAAUUUAGGGGUGGACCAUUAGCUAUCAUAAGAUGGGGGAGGGUGGAUUUUCCUUGCAAGAAUAUUUUUUAAAGAUGGGGUCAAGUCUGUUCUGCGCAUGUGCUACACGAGGACCUUCGGGUGUAUACAAUACCCAUUAAAUUUAGCCUUGUUUCGACAUCUUCUAAAUUAAAACUCUAAUUUAUAUUCAUUUAAAAGCACAGCAAACCAGAACAAUGUGAUAUGUUAACUACGUACUUCAUAUUGUGUGAAUAUAGUGCGCUCAAACUGUAAACAAACCCCUCAUCCUCUGGACGGACUUGACCAUUAAGUUAACACGGAUUUUUAAGUCCGGAGCUAUCUUAAAAUUCGAAAUAGUAGGAAUUAUUGGACAUUUCCGUCGCAAUCCGAUUCAGUUCCGAUGUGUAAAGUUACGCAGUUGUAUUUUUAUACAUAUUUUUAGCCUCCGCUCCGAAAGUUCUCAUACCUUCCUCGCCUUCCCAUUAAAAACAAAUUGGUUAGCAGAAAAACGAGACCAAAAACCUUCAAUAAAACGCUCAAAAAUCAGAUUACAAUAUUUACUCGCCCCAAGUCUCUUUUCUUUCAACCGCGCGAAUUUUAGCGCAUGCACAGACAAAAUCCCCACCUGUUAUUUACACAGAUCUGGCUGAAUUUGACCAACGUGUAGUUUGUUUAUGUCUCCUUCUGUAGGACUAGCCAAGAAAUAUACGUGGAAAUGUAGUUAGCUAGUGCUUUUGGCCACUUACAGUAUCUCUAGUAUUUAACUGAAAGGCAUAUAUUAUAAUUACAUUUCAGACAACACUAGUAUUACAACAUGUAAUAAUAACAGCUUUGUUACUGACCUUCACACUGUCAGAAAAGGCGGGAAAAUGGAUGUUUCUUACUUGGUUGGCUGGAAUGAUGAGCACUUUGUCAGGGACGACCGCAAAUCUCUUAUCUGCGACCGCUAUCAUAUUUCGUAUGAAGUACUUUGCUACGAAUUAUGGUUUAGUGUGCAGCUCAAUGGUAUGUUGAAAGUUCGAUCGGGUCGAUCAUUAUGGCGAAAUCCGGCAUACUUUACAGCCACGGUAUGCAGUGGUGUCAAGUAACGAAGUAAAGACAGUAAAUGUACUUCGUUACUGUACUUGAGUACUAUUUUUGAGAAGUGAGCAUGUAACAAAGUAAACUUUUUCUGGAGUACUUUUACUUGGAACGAAGUCGUUUUAAGAAGUAACGUUUUACUUCGUUAUUUUCAUUUUGUGGCGAAGUAUUUCGUUACUUUCUAACUUUUGUUUAAUUUUACGUGAUUUAUUUCUGGUUUAUUUUAAUUUCGGGAAAGGUAAUAGGACCUCUACAUGCGUCUGGGAUCUCUCGUUUGUGACUUACUUAUAAGAAUUAUUUAUUUAAUGGAUUUCUUAUAUCUUCAACGGGGUCUGGAAAGUAGACCAUGCCGUGAAAUAUUGUAUAUUCGGUGCACGCGCAUAUAAUGCGUGACAGCGUGUGUUGUUUUGUGUCUUUUGUAUGUCAAUCCAUUGGAGGAGUUCCCCUCCCCCUCUACACGCUACAGGCAAUAGUACUUUUACUUUUACUUUGUACUUCAAGUGUUUUUUAAGGAUACUUUGUACUUUUUACUUAAGUACGUUUUGCCUCCAGUACUUUUCACUCUUACUCAAGUCGUUUUAUUGUUAAUUACUUCUACUUUUACUCGAGUACAAAUUCAAAGUAAUUUACGCACCACUGACGGUAUGUGGCUUUAAAGUACACCUGUUUUUGGCAUACCUUAUGGUAUGUGGUUAUAGAGUACGCCUGUGUUCGGCAUAAACCUUAUAACCCCGGUUUGUGGCUAUAAGGUAUACUAGAUUUCGGCAUACCUUAGCAACUUUGUCGGCGGUUUUAAUUUGUGUUUCUGACGGAUGCGAAUGAGUGAACUCGCACACAGAACUAUAGAGUCGCUUUUCAGAAGUAAACAAUUGUAAGUCUUUUGCAUGUCAUUCAGUAGUAGUAGUAGUAGUAGUAGUAGUAGUAGUAGUAGUAGUAGAACUUUAUUUAUCCACGCUGACCCCGUCAACCGUAGCUGAUUUCCACGGGGGGCGUGUGCCAGAAAAUUAUUUUACAUGCAGAAUAUGAUAAGGAUAAGCUAAGCUAUUACAGUAAUAUAUAAAUUUAAAAGAUAUAACAAAUGUUUUGAGCUAUUUACUGGUAAGUUAUAUUUACAAAGGUUACCAAGCACUAAUGUGAGCAGCGAUUUUAUUUCGAAAGGAAGAAAGUGACUUGCUUUCCCUAAUUUCUUUUGGUAUAGAAUUCCAAAUGUUUGCUCCGUCGUACAUAAAACUAUUUUUCAUGCUAUUUGUACGUGGUUUUGGUAAAUAAAGACCACUUGAGACAUCCCGAAGGUGGUAAUUAGUUUUCUCACUCUUAAACGAAAAUAGAUUUGUGAGUGAUUUUGGGCCCAUUUUGUUUAAUAACUUAUACAUCAUUCUUGCUUUAGUUUUCUUCCUUUCAGUUUGGAGUGGCUCCCAGCCCAAAGUACGUAACGCAAUCGUAUAAUCUACGUCAUUGCUUAUAUUCAGAAUAAUUCUUGCCGCUCUAUUUUGCAGUUUUUGCAGUCGUUUUGAUUGAGUUUCGCCAAAUACAUCCCAUACUUCACAGCAGUAUGGCAUUCAUUCGAGCAGCAGCAUUCAUUCGAUCACAUUGGCCAGGAAGAGAAAAAUCGUUGACAGAAUUGCCAGUGCCAGGCUUUACAACCACGGUUUGUGGCUAUAAAUUAGUACGCCUGUUUUCGGCAUUCGGAUUUGUACGAAUCUUAAACUGCACUUUGAAGGGUGAAAGGGGGGGGAGGGGAGGGGACAGCCGUUUCACUUUUCAAGUUAACAUAGGAAUAUAGUCCCCUCCUCCUCGGAGGACCUGUCAUUAUGAUUGACCAAUUAUUUCUCGAAUUUCAUUUCAGAUACCCGGUGGAAUUAUCGGCCCGAUUUUAUCUCAAAAUGUCAGCGAUUAUAUUGGUUGGUCCGGGAUUUUCUCUUUAGUAGCGGGCUUUUCCUUUUCUGGUAAGUAGCAGCGUCAUUAUAAUUUUCCUCGGCCAAAAUUGUGAAUUAAAUUCAAACCUAUAAUAGUUUUGUUUGUGGAAACACCAGGUAAAUUUAUUACUGCAAAGCUUUCGAUCCAUAAGCCCGGAUCUUCAUCAGUAAAUAUCAGCACUAGUGAUGAAGAGAUGAAGAUCCGGGCUUGCGGAUCGAAAGCUUUGCAGUAAUAGAUUUACGUGGUGUUCCCACAAACAAAACUAUUAUAUGUUUUAUCGCCAUGCAAACGUACAAAGAACUUAAAUUCAAACCUGUAUCACAGCGUUAGUGACCGGUUAUGAAAUAAUAUUUCCGUAUUGGAAAAAUGUCAAUCAUGGCAAAAAUUCUGUCAACACUUACUAGGUGUAAAGGGGCUGUAAACUAAAGUGUCACCAGUCACAUGUUGGCGUCUUUGUCUCCCCCGCAUCCUUCAUCGACAAUGAGGUGAUCAUGAAUAAUUGUUCUGGCACUAUAUACUAUAACAAAAUAACAACAAAAAAAAUUGCCAAAGUUUUAAAACAACGGGAUAUAAGGAAUAAAAUAUUCACACUAAGCGACACAUUAUAUUAACUCUAUAAUAUUAGUAAGUUUUCCUAGUGACGUGGUUUGCCGAUAAAGUAAAAGCCUUGCACGACUUGUUGUUAUUUUGAUAAUCAAAGAGAAAUGCCCCGAAUAAUCGUAGGUUAAUUUACCAAACUUUUACCAAACUCUCCUUAGUUGCUGACUAUUAUGCUUCUACAGAUUAUGCUACGAAAAUGCUAAAAUUGUGCCCUAAAAAUGCUCAAAAGUUGCUCGAAAAUUGAAUAAGUUGCUCAAAAGUUGCUCGAAAAUUGAAAAAGUUGCUCAAAAGUUGCUCGAAAAUUGAAAAACAGUUGCUCCUAAAAUGUCAAAAGUUUCUCGUAAACCAGUGGGUGCAAAGCAAGAUAUGACCGUAUAUUAAACACUGUAGAUAAAUAACAUACUGCAGCUAUGAACAAUCUCUAGACUCUAUUUCUCAAGUAUAUGUAUUUAUAAUAGUGUAUUACUAUUAGGCACAUGAACUUUCAUGAUACUUUCAAACAGCACCAUUGUUGGGUUUGAUAAACAGUCAUAAACCGAGCUUGUAAUCUGGUCUGAGCUGCCAGCAAUUAGCAAAUUAAUGUAACCUAACCUGCAGUUAUGGGAGUUGUUAUGGAUGUUUGCAAAUAUGUCCAGCUGCUGACUGCCAUAGGAUCUCCCAAACUGUAGAAGUAAUGGUAAGCUAAAAAGUUUGUCAAAUGGCCAAGAAUAGGGAAAUAUUUUCGAGCCUUGUCGUGCUAUUCUUUCAUAAUUAUGACAAAGAAAAAGAGCUUGAAGAGAAUAUGGAUCAAGGGAUUCAAGGCUAUCAAGCAUUUCAUUAUCUUUCUAUAAAUAAAAUUAGCAACAUGGUCUAUAUUGCCAGAAAUUUCCAAAAAUUAUGCAUUUCCUGGAGGAAGUUGCUUGAAGUUGCUGAUAUCAUAAAAAGCUGCUCCAAAUGCAAAAAGUUGCCAAAAAGUUGCCAAAAAGUUGCCGAGCAUAAUCUCUAGAAGCCUACUGACUAUGAACGUUAAUUGUUGCGGAACACUCCGCCUUCGAUCAAGAGACUACAAAUGCAGCCAACAGGACGCGAGAUUUGAGAUUUACAAACACAGAAAAAUUUGAGCAAAGAAAUUUAGCGCGCGUUUUUAACCAAGAAAAAAGGAAAAAGCCCUCGGUUAGUGUUUUAACCAUGCAGCCUAUGGCCCCGUUUACACCAUACCGGAUUGCAUCGGAGCGGAGCAAUUUUCAUACCGAGGGCCUUUUUCUUGCGUGAAAAAUGACAUUAAGAUUGCAUUUUUUCUUUGAAAACUUGAAUCUAUUCCAUUUCAUUUCCCGGACUAAAAUAUCAUAUAUCCGGAAAUUUUUUUGGUAUAUCCGGAAAAUUUUUUUCAUAUUUACGAAAAAAUGUGGUAUAUCCUAAUAUCCGGAAAAUUUUUUUGGUAUAUCCGGAAAAUUUUUUUGAUAUCACACCCCCCGCCCCCCCCGGUGGCCAACAUUUCCGGGAAAAAAAUUUUAGAUGCCUUUUUUAUACGAAAAGUGCCCCUCAAAGCCUGCCCCCCUCCAACUUUUAGAAGCUUGCUACGCCCCUGAGUAAGAUGUUUUUGUUUUUCAACAAGUAAUACUUUUCUAAAAAUACGGAUCUAAAUUACAAAUUUUUCAGUUUCCAGCCACUUUAAGACAACAAUACGUUGCUAGUUUCCUUUGUGUUUUGCUCGUAAAUUAUUAAUUAGUUUGAGAUUGAAGAAUAAUUCCUGUUUUAGUCAGUGCACGGUUUCCACACUUGCAGCGUCUCGGCGGGAAAUGUUGCAAAAUGUUGAGCUCUAUAGUUUCAAAUCUUUUGUAUUUUUCCAGGAAUAAUAUUCUCUUUUCUUAUUGAUGUAAAAGAUUGACAAUUGGUGGGAAAGUCUGAAGCAAGACGAUUUAAAGUUUGAACUAUUAUUGAUUCACACAGAAUAUAUGCAUGCCAUGAAAUGAAAUUUCUGAAUAUGUGGGAUGAAGUUAAGUUGGUCCUCCAUCCUAAAAAUGGGAUGUUGGCCAUUUUUAGUAAUUUAUAAAAUUUCAGAUUUUCUUUAGCCUGUAAUGAUGAAGAAGAACUUUUUAUAUGAUGACAAAUGCUGUAACAGUAUUGUAAUAAUAUUCUAGCUGCACGGUUUUAUCAUUCAUAUUUUUAUACUAUAUAUGUCCCCGAAAAAAUGCAGUAGCUAUGCCGUUAUGUUCAGUAUAAAUAGUCUUUAAACAGCCAUAAAAUUGGUUCUACUACUGUACGUACUAGACCAAUUUUUAAAAUCUCGUGUCAAAAUUCAUCACUUAAAUUGAAUUUUCGAUGCGGCAGGUACAAAACGCAGGUUGCAGGUUGCAGGUUGCAGGUUGGAAUUUUGCAGGUUGGGGAUUUUGCAGGUUGGAAUUUUGCAGGUUGGGGAUUUUGCAGGUUGGAAUUUUGCAGGUUGCCAGGAACUUUGCAGGUUGAUAAUGCAAACUUAAAAUUACUCCACUUUUUCAGUAUUCUAGUAUAAUUUAGUUGUGCAUUUAUUGCAGUCUGACUCCUUGUCAGCGCCUCUGCUCUAAGGCUAGUGGCCAUCACCCCCGUGAAAACAUUCAAAAUGGCCAGUAUUGGCUUGGACCUACAGGGAGACGAAUAUUUUGAUUGUUGCGAGGUGGCUACAUGACGUGACGGCGUUUAUACUAGAAUGUUGUCAAAAGUUAACUAACUCUCGAGUAAUGUUACGGUAAUUGGGGGCUUGAGUGGACCUCUCAUAAGUGGGUGCAAAGGAGAGACACCUCAUUCAGGCAUUUUCUGAACUGCCACCACGUCAUGUAGGCUCCUCUUAACAAUCGAAACAUUCGUCCCCCUGGAGGUCCAAGCUGAUCUGGUCAUUUUGAAUGUUUUCACAAGGGUGAUGGGCACUGAUAGCGACUCCUUAGAGCAAAGGCUAGGAACAUAUGGCAGCAGGAUAGGCUGAUAUCAAAAGCCCCGACAAGGAGUCAA